UUUUAAUGCAAUAUAUUGUAAUUUAAAGAAAGUUGAAAAAUGUUACAGCGCGUUUUUGGACCUCAAAAUGAUUUCGAAAAAUUUAAAUUAAUUAAAAAUUCAGUGCGAUAUACAAUGUGUAGAUGGCGUCAUGCUGGUAAGGUGAUUGCAAUUAGGAGAGAAGAUCAAUCAGUAUGGGAAAGAAGAGCAGCUUUCAGUCCAUAUCACGUACAAAAAUUGGUUAAACAAGGUGUUAAAGUUAUUGUCCAACCAUCAAAUCGUCGAGCUUAUCCUAUGCAGGCCUAUCUGAAUGCAGGAGCUGUUGUCAAAGAAGACAUUAGUGAAGCUUCUAUAAUAUUUGGUGUUAAACAAGUUCCAGUAGAUGCGUUAAUACCGAGAAAAACGUAUUGUUUCUUCUCUCACACAAUAAAAGCUCAGGAAGCAAAUAUGCCACUUUUAGAUGCCGUUUUAGAAAAAAAUAUUCGUUUGAUCGAUUACGAAAGAAUUGUUGAUGAAGGUGGAAGGCAGGUUGCUUUCGGGAAAUAUGCCGGAGUUGCUGGUAUGAUUAACAUUUUACAUGGAGUUGGAUUACGUUUAUUAGCUUUAGGACACCAUACACCAUUUAUGCAUAUUGGCUUAGCGCAUAAUUAUCGUAAUUCAUCUAUGGCUCGUCAAGCUAUUCGAGAUUGCGGUUAUGAGAUUGCUUUAGGUAUGAUGCCAAAAUCAAUUGGUCCUUUAACAUUUGUUUUUACUGGAUCUGGAAAUGUAUCACAGGGUGCUAAAGAAGUAUUUCAAGAAUUACCAUUUGAAUAUGUUCCACCAGAAAUGUUACGUAAAGUUUCAGAGCAUGGUAGUUAUAAUAAAUUGUAUGGAUGUGAAGUAAGCCGUGCAGAUCAUUUAGAACGUAAAGAAGGUGGUGGUUUUGAUGCACAAGAAUAUGAGUUACAUCCAGAACGUUACAUAUCAACAUUUAGUAGUAAGAUUGCACCAUACGCAUCAAUUAUUGUUAAUGGUAUUUAUUGGGCCGUUGGCAGUCCAAAACUAUUAACAAUUCCAGAUGCAAAAAUUUUAUUAAGACCGGCUAAUACUCCAUGGUUACCAACAAGUAAAGGUUCACCAGCAUUGCCACAUCGAAUGUUGGCGAUUUGUGAUAUCUCAGCUGAUCCAGGUGGUUCUAUUGAAUUUAUGAAUGAAUGUACGACAAUAGAUACACCAUUUUGUUUAUAUGAUGCUGAUAGAAAUAAAGAUUUUCAUAGUUUCAAAGGACCUGGAGUAUUAGUUUGUUCAAUUGAUAAUAUGCCAACCCAAUUACCAAGAGAGGCGACUGAUUUCUUUGGUGAACAAUUGCAACCUUUCGUAGAUGACAUUUUGAGAAGUGAUGCAAAAAUUCCAUUAAAAAAUCAAUGGAGUGAAUUUUCGUUGCCUAUUCAGUCCGCAAUAAUAGCAAGUAAUGGAGAAUUAACUGAUAAUUUUAAAUACAUACAAGAACUUCGAGAUUCGAAUUCAAGCAGAUCGCGUCAAAAAGUUGAAGGAGUAUCAGAAAAUCAAAAACGAGUCUUAAUUCUUGGUGCUGGUAUGGUAUCAGCCCCUCUCGUUGAAUGGCUACAUCAGCAUAAGGAUAUUGCAAUUAAAAUUUGUUCACAUUUGAAAGAUGAAUCAGAUCGUUUGGCAAAUAAGUAUCCUGGUGUUGACAGCAUGUAUUUAAAUGUAACUGAAAAUGAAUCCCAUUUAGACCAACUUUGUAGUGAAGCAGAUGUAGUUAUAUCAUUACUGCCAUAUGCUUUACAUGGAUUAGUUGCAAGACAUUGUGUUGAACAAAAAACACAUAUGGUGACAGCUAGUUAUGUAACAGAUGAAGUAGCAGCAUUACAUGAUGAAGCUGAACGUAAUGGUGUAACAUUAAUGAAUGAAGUUGGUUUGGAUCCUGGUAUAGAUCAUCUAUUAGCUUUGGAAUGUAUAAGGAAUGUUCAAGAAAAUGAUGGUGUUAUUGAAUCAUUCAUAAGUUUUUGUGGUGGCUUACCGGCACCGGAACAUUCUGACAAUGCACUAAGAUAUAAAUUUUCAUGGUCACCACGUGGUGUAUUAAUGAACACCUUAUCCGCCGCAAAAUAUUUUAGUGAAGGACAAAUGGUUGAAAUAUCAGGUGGUGGUGAUUUAAUGUCAUGUCCAAUGAAUUUAGAUUUUUUACCAGGAUUUGCAUUAGAAGGCUUUCCAAAUAGAGACUCAACAAAGUAUUCUAAAUUAUAUUCAUUGGGAAAUGAAGUUCAUACAUUGAUAAGAGGAACUAUUAGGUAUAAAGGGUUUUCAGAGUGUAUACAAGCAAUGCAAUUAUUGGGUUUGGUUGAUCCAGAACCUCAUCCAUUAUUACAUCCAAAUGGACCAGAUUUAACUUGGAGACAAUUAGUAUGCAAUUUACUUGGUUUGAAUAAUUCAGAUUUAUUUUAUGAGAAUUUAAAAUAUAAAUUAGCUGAAAGAGUUGGAAAUGUUGAUGGCUUGGAAAGCUUAGGUUUAUUAGAUGAUACCCCAGUGAUUAAAAUGGGUACACCUAUCGAUACAUUAAGCCAUUAUUUAUCUAAGCGAUUAGCUUUCGCUGAGAAUGAAAGAGAUUUGGUAAUUUUGCGUCACGAAUUAAUAAUUCGGUGGAAUGAUGGUAGGCGAGAAGAACGUGGAAUCAAUUUUGUUGUUUACGGUCAACCUAAUGGGCACUCUGCAAUGGCUUUAACAGUAGGCCAACCAGCUGCCAUUGCUGCCAAAAUGAUUUUAGAUGGUGAAAUACAACAACGUGGAGUUAUACUGCCUUUUACUGCUGAUAUUUAUUCACCAAUGUUGUCACGAUUAAGAGGUUUAGGACUUACUGCAACACAAACAUCUAGAAUUCUAACUUCAUAAAAAUUUGAUUACUUUUAAAAAACUAUUUUAAAUCGGUUAAUAAAUGUGUUAACCCUCAUUGUGUAUGUAUAUAUAUAAAUACAAUAAUUUUAAUUCACUUUAAUGUAA